AUGCAAUCUCGUUUUGUUUCAAUGAUAAAAGUGUUUCCUAGAUACACCCAUUCUUUUCAGAAUCACAUCGUUCCUGUUCGACGCCUAAUAUCAUUUAAUAACAAAAAUGUACGAUUUGCUAGGGAAACAUCCAUCUUGAAAGUUCUUCCAAACAAUAGUACCAACAAUAAGUUAUAUAGAAAUUCCGGGAAUUUGAAUCUCAAACAUGUCCGUUCUAUGUUUAUUCAAACGGAGACUACUCCAAAUCAAAAUUCUUUAAAAUUUAUUCCCGGAAUUCCAGUAAUGUCAGGAAAUAAUACAGCAGAAUUUUUAUCAGCGAAUUCAGCGGCCACUUCACCACUCGUUAAAAAACUUUUUCAAAUAGAAGGAGUAUCUGAAGUAUUUUUGGGUCCAGAUUUCAUUACAAUUAAUAAGGAUCCAGAAACUCCUUGGCAAUUAAUGAAACCCGAUAUAUAUGCGAAUAUUAUGGAUUUUUAUUCUUCUUAUUCUAAAGGCGAACCAAUUCCAAUUAUAAUGGAAGCUCAACCUUCAGAUACCGAAAUAAAGGAUGAUGAUCCUGAAGUGGUAAAAAUGAUUAAAGAACUUUUAGAUACUAGAAUAAGACCUGCUAUACAAGAUGAUGGUGGCGAUAUUGAAUAUCGUGGAUAUAAAGAUGGAAUUGUUAAACUAAAAUUAAAAGGUGCUUGUAGAUCUUGCGAUUCUUCAGUGGUAACACUUAAAAGUGGAAUCGAAAAUAUGUUGAUGCAUUACAUUCCAGAAGUAACAAGUGUAGAACAGGUUUUAGAUGAUGAUGAAAAAGUUUCACGCCACGAAUUCGAAAUGUUGGAAAAGAAGUUAGGAAUAGCUUAA